AUGUCUGCACCGGAUGAAUGGCCCAGCGAGGACGAAGACGACCCGAACGGCCCGAAGGAGGUCGUCGGCGAAUACGACGACGGCUACAUCGUCUACUACUACUGCAAACACGUCGACGGCAUCGCCCACAAGUACUCUCGGCUGGAGAUCGAGCAGCGCCAUCCGAAGCUCGCCCAAGAGUUUAGAAUAAAGAAAAAUCGCGGAAAGCUGGCACCCUUCGACCCGUCCGCGGCCUAUGUCCACCCGGACGACCGCGUCAAGGUGAAGCUGAAGAUUUCCCAAAAGGCGCGCUCGUCGGCUGCGGCCGGCUCGAGCAAAGACGAGCCGAUGCAGGUCGACUCUGAGGAGGAUGAGGAUGAGGAGGCAGACGAGGUCGAGGGCGAGGAGUGGGACGAGGACGUGCCGGAGGAGGGCGACGAGGACGAAGAGGACGAGGUGGAGAGCGACGCGUACGGCUCCCCGCCCAAGCGCAAGGCCGCCGCAGCCAGUACCCGCAAGUCCACCCGCAACUCCGAGAAACAGGCGCCCACGAGAGGCUCCACGCGCCGGACGGCCCGGAAGCGGUACGACGAAGACGACGAGGAGGAGGAUGGCGAUGAGUACGAGGCCGCCCCGGCCACGCGGAGGUCCACCCGCUCUCGCAAGACCGCUCGGAACAAUCUCGACGACGCGUAUGAGGACGACGACUUUGACGACGACGACGGAGACUACCGCGCGAAGCCCAAGGCCAAGGGCGCCGCCGCGAAGAAGGCCAAGGUCGUGCUCAAGCGCAAGGGUGUACGACCGGCUUACGGCCGUGUGCGACCCGUCGCCGACCUCGACUAUGACCCCGGCGAGGAUCAGUCGACAGCCGCUCUCCGCGCCCACAGAGAUCUCUGCGAGAAGUGUGCGCGUCCACCGACACAUCUCAUGCUGCAGAAGGAGAAGCGGAAGCCGGGGCGUAAGAAGAAGAAUCAGUCGGACGACGACGAGGAGUUCGUUCAGCAAACAGGAGAACUUGGCGGCUGGGUUCGCUGCAUGAAAUGUCCUUUAUCCGCGCAUUGGGCCUGCCUGGCAUCCACUCAACGCCAAGAGAUUUUGAAGGCUAUCCGCGACCGGGAGAAACAGGAGUGGGAGGCCGCUCGCGCAAAGGCUACAGAAGACGGCGAUGAACCCAUGGAUAGUGACCCUCCGAAGCGGAAGGAGCUUGACGUCGACUCAACCACCGAGUUCAUCUGCUCGAUGUGUAUGAAGGGUGAUGUCUGCAUGGGAUGCGAGAAAGUUGCUAUCAAGGCGGACCAGCAUGGAAAUGGCGACAAGUCUUCCACGCCUGCCGACGGAGAGGCUGAGGCUGGCGAUGCGAACGAAAGCGGAGAGAACGCGGAUGACCUGUCGGCGCAAGAGCUUUUGUUCCGUUGCAGGACGUGCAAGCGAGUAUCGCACUAUGCGUGCAUGCCGAUUCCUGAUGGGUGGGAUAGCGAGCCGGCAAAGUACAAGGGUGAUCGCGCCGAACUCGCAGAUCACUAUCAGAAACUGGACGGCGACUAUAAAUGGAACUGCGACGAUUGCGCUUCAUACAAGGACAAAGUCGAGAAGAUCCUGGCAUGGAAGCCGUAUCCAGACAACGCGCCUCAGCCAUUCUAUCCUCCCGGUCAAGCCCCAGCGCCGAAGACUAUGCUUCCUCGCAAGUACCUCAUCAAGUGGCAGGAUCGUAGCUACCGGCGCGUCACCUGGGUACCCCACGGCUGGCUUGCGACGACCCACAGUGGUCUGCUUCGCAGCUUCCUUGUUGCAGGGCCUCGCAUUGAGUUGUUGAAGGUCCCGGUAACCCCAGAUCACGAAGCCAACGAUGUCGCCGAGGGAGGCGUAGGCGAUGGCUCGCGUGAUUCCUCAGCUCGCCCGGAGGACGAGCAUCGUCAUCGCAAUCCUUAUGAUGCGUGCCCCGAUGCUGAGCGCCGCAUCCCUCCUGCCUGGAAGACCAUAGACCGUGUGCUUGACGUCCGCUUCUUCCUCACGCCGGAGAAGGGCAAGUCCAAGGGCAAAGGCAAGAAGAGCUCGAAGCGCGUCGAAAGCUCAGACGAGGAGGAGCCGCUGGAUGAAGACGCGCAGUUAGACUGGGACAGGGCGUUCGAGUGGGGCGAUAAGCCUGACGACUCUUAUCUCGAGGGCAUCGAGGAGAGAGUGGACAGGACGGACGAUGAUAUACACAUGGAGGAUAUCGACAGAGUCGUCUGGGCCUACAUCAAAUGGGACGACCUCGGCUACGACGAGGCGAGUUGGGAUUCUCCACCACGUCGUGGCGAGCCCGGCUACGGCGCCUUCGAGAUCGCAUUCAGACGCCUUUUGGACUCAAGAGAUGUUCAUGUCAAGAACACCCAGGAGCACCUGAACAAAAUCGACAACCGUAAACAUGCUGCAUAUCGUAGUCGGUACUCGCUUGCAGUUCAGGGCGCAGAUUCACAACCGCAGCUUGGUCAGGCCCCGGAGCUUAAGCUCAUGCCCUUUCAACGCGACGGUUUCGAUUGGCUUUGCGAUAAUUGGUGGAACAAGCAGCCGUGUAUCCUGGCGGACGAGAUGGGUCUGGGCAAGACCGUUCAAAUCUGCACGUUUGUGGGCAACAUCAUGAAACUCAUGGACGCCGCGCCCGUACUCGUCGUCGUCCCCAACUCGACCAUCACGAACUGGGUGCGCGAAUUCAGUCGUUGGGCGCCGAAGCUCCGCGUUGCUCCCUUCUAUGGCGAGGCCAAGGCCCGUGAGAUCAUCAAGAAGUACGAAUUGAGACAUACAAACGUUUUAGAGGGUACCACGGGCGCCAAGUUCCACGUCUUGGUGACGACGUACAACACUAUCACGAACCAGAAGGACUUCGGGCCUGUAUUCAAGUCUGUACCACGCUGGGAGUGCUUGAUCAUCGACGAAGGUCAACGAUUGAAUAACGACAAUAGCUUGCUAUUCAAGAAGCUCAACGACCUGUCCGUCAUGCACCGCAUCAUCAUGACUGGCACACCGCUGAACAACAACAUUCGCGAGCUUUUCAACCUGAUGAACUUCCUUGACCCCGACAAAUGGUCCGAUCUGGAGGCGCUGGAGAAGGAGUACACCGAGCUCACCGAGGACCUCAUUAAGGACCUGCAUACCAGACUUCGCCCAUACUUCCUUCGUCGCAUCAAGUCGGAGGUCCUACAGCUCCCGCCCAAGAAUGAAGUCAUCGUACCUGUCUCUCUCUCGGCGUUACAGAGAGAGAUGUACAAGGGCAUUCUGAGUAAGAACGUCAACGUACUGAUGAGCCUCACCCAAUCGCUUCAGGCGACAUCUUCUCGUAACAGCACCGCUGCAGCGUCCCGAUCGAACAUGAACAACAUGCUCAUGCAAUUGCGGAAGGUCAUCCAACACCCGUAUCUCCUCAGCCAGGAUAUCGAGCCAAAGGGUCUCCCACUGCAGGAGGCGCACGAGCGUCUUAUCGGCGCGAGCUCCAAACUGCGUCUCCUUCACAGUCUCCUGCCCAAGCUCAAGGCGAGAGGUCAUCGAAUCCUCCUGUUCAGUCAGUUCGUCAUCGCGCUGGAUAUCAUCGAAGACUUCCUCAUCGGGGAGCGGUACAAGUACCUCCGCUUAGACGGUAACACCAAACAAGCCGACCGACAGAAGGGAAUGGACGAGUUCAACAAACCAGACUCCGAUGUCUUCAUGUACCUGCUCACUACUCGCGCCGGCGGCGUCGGCAUUAACCUUUGGAGUGCCGACACGGUCAUCAUCUUCGAUCCCGACUUCAACCCCCACCAGGAUCUACAGGCGAUUGCUCGUGCGCACAGGUUCGGUCAGAAGAAGCCUGUUGCAGUCUACAAACUUAUGGCGAAAGAUACUGCUGAGGAACGCAUCAUUCAAACCGGCAAGAAGAAACUCGUCCUUGACCAUCUCAUUGUGCAGAAGAUGGACGACGAUGAGGGUGGCGCGGACGUUCAAUCCAUCCUGACAUACGGCGCGAAGACCCUAUUCGAUGAGGGCGACCAAGAAUCGCGCGAGAUUGUUUACACUGACCACGAUCUUGACGCACUUAUCGAGCGUACCGAGAACGAGGAGCCGGCGGAAGAGACUAGCAAGGAGGGUGGUGCUGCCAACGCUGCAUUCUCCUUCGCCAAAAUCUGGACGGCAGACAAGGACGCACUCGAGGAGUUCCCGGACGACGUCUCUGAGAAGCCCGAGGAGUCAGACUCUUGGGCGCUUACACUGCAGAAACUCGCGGAGAAGAAUAAGGAGGCGGAGGUGGCGCAAGUCUCUGGUCGUGGAGCUCGUCGUGCCGCCGCCGCUGCGGUGGCUGCUCUCAAACCCCAGCACUCAUUCCAUUUUGGCGACACUCCCACGAAGCCUAGGGGUAAGGGCAAGAAGCGCCCUUCCGACUCGGACUCAGACGAUGAUUUCUCCACCCACCCAUCGCCUAUCGCCGAAGAUUCCGAUAGCGACGCUUCGGACGAGUUCAAGCUGAAAGAGCCCACCAAGCGGGAUGUAGGCAAGACUCGCGCUGUAGAGGUUGAAGACGAUGACCAUUGCGGCUUGUGUGGCAAGAGCCAUCCAGGUCCAUGUAUGAUGGCGGAUAUCUCGGAAAACCUUGCUGAGUAUCGCCGUAUACUCUUUGAGUCAUCUGACGAGCCGUACGAGGAUCGGGUCAAGGCCAUCGCGGUCAUCGACGAGACCCUUCAUCUCCGUGGCCAUGUCCAUCUCAUCAUUGAACAGCCUUUACUCCUGGCGCCGCCACGUGUGCAUCGCAUCCACCCCACUGCGAACGGCCACGCCGGUACCCCGCACGUCACGAAUGGUUCUGCAGGUUCAUCUCGUUUGCCUCUGGCACCCCCUCGGCCUGCACCUCCCCAAGCGGCCCCCGUCGGGACGACUAGCGUGCUUAAAUUGCCGAAGGCUAUUGCGGUGCCGGCGCUUCCAUCGGCUCAGUCCUCCUCCGUGCCGGCCAAACCUCCUGCUGCUCUCAAGGCUGGCUCAUCGGCUGGCGUCAAGCGUCCCGCUGAAGCGGAGGCUGAAGCAGGACCGAGCCAGAAGCGCGUUAAGUCGGUGUCAUUGACGUGCCCUGUGUGUCAACAACCGGCGACACACGAUCUGAAGGAGUGUCCCGACGUUGUUGCUGCGGAUAUGACCAGCAUGUCUGCGAUCAUUAGCCGUCUUGAAGAAGUUGGGAAGCAUGAUUCCGCUGUCAAUAUUCUCCGCGGAGUACGGCGACAGUUGAGGAAACGUGAAGCGGAGGCUGCGAGUACCUCUGCAGCUGCAUAA